AUGGAUCUGUCAUUCAUGGCUGCGCAGGUGAGACGUCUGAAAAUGUGUAAUGGGAACUUUUUUUCCACAUCUUUUUUGUUGAUUUGAUGGGUGUGGCCGGUCAACAAGUUCGUGAUGUGCUUGGACUGUUGCACACUUCCUAUAAACAGCCAAGAAGCCAAAACCAGGCAUUUUUCAACCUUGAAUUAAAUAGCUCUGCGUGUUUCAUGUUGCAAUGAGUCAUAAAGUGCAUGUUUUUUGUUCUUUAAGGGAUUUAUCACCUUCUUACUGUGUGACCUGUCCUUUCAAAGUUUAUUGGACUUGUAGUUGCUCUGUCUCACUUGGACAUGCUGUACUUUUAUGAGGUAGCCUGUUGUGUCUGGAUCUUUUACUUCAUGAUAUAUUGCAUUUAGUUUCCUUUUAAGUGGGCUGUUCCGAUCUUUUAUACACACCACCUGAAACAUCUGAAUACAUCAAUUUGCUUUCACAAAGACAGUGUGUUAUUGCGCAUCUCUUUUGGACAUGCCAUUUGUUUCCAUUAGGAGCUGAUCUGGGCUGCUGUUGCUCCUCUUGCCUCACUCUGUGUCAGGCUGCUCAUUUGGUUUGUCUGGUGUCAUCCACUUUGCCAUUUUCUGUGCAAUGGCUAUUAAACGGUCCAGAGCAUUAUCUGCGCUGCCAGUAGCUGUUCUGCAGGCCAGACUUAGCCAAAUGCUCUCAAAUCUUGUUAAAUCAAGGAUCUCUAAAUAGAAAGGUAUCCGAGCAUGGAACUGCAUGAGAAUAUAAUUUUGCUCCUGACUGUGAAAGGCAGGGGAACUAAUAAUACACUGUCAGCAUGAUUCACUUUAUCAUUUUGCAAACUUUCAGUGGGUGCAAUAAUGUCUCGAUUCACUCACAUCUUGCAGCGGUUAUAUGUUAAGCACAUUAUGUGUUGUGUUUCUUGUAUAGGGGGAUUUCUUGGGGCUUGACAGCCUAGAUGAGAGUGAAAGCUCAGGAGGCUUUGAUGGCUUGUGUUCAAAUGGUUUAUAUAACUUGAUCGGCGAGAAAUGAAACUAACAGUGUACAUGAGGAGUGAAGCAGUGCAGCCCCAAAUCAGUUUUAAAAGAGCGGUCCGAGGGUGCAUAACCUCUCAGAUGAGUUUAUAUCACUGGAAAAUUGCUGAUAGAUCAAAACAUACACCCAGAAUGCUCUGUGGGAGAGACAGAAAUGUGGAUGUUGAGGGCGAGUAAGACUAGCUGCAAAAGAUGAAUAUAGGAGAAAUGAAGGGAGCCUGUAAUCAUAUUCUUCACUGUUAAGGAAAGUGCUGUCAGAAUAGCUGUGGUGACUUCAUUAUGUGGUGGCUGUAUUUAUAAUGAAGGGUGUGAGAUUUCUCUCUUCCUGGAGGAGCUUCAUUGAAUUUACAGAGAAGGGUGUGAGAGGUGAAUUCAGUUUAGGGUCAGAAGCCUGUGACCCCGAAUCUGACCUUCGAGGUAUAAGCAUAAUCUAACCCUUGGGAGACAGAGGUAGCAGCAGAGUGCGAGAACCAGGUUUACAGCAACUGACAGCAGCAUAGUGACUGAGGUAGCCCCCCGAUCUGGACCCCCUUAUUUGAACUGUCAAGUAGCUCAGAACCCGACCAACGGGCCCGGUCUGUGGAUCGGGAAAACCGCAAAAAAAAAAAAGAUUAAAUAAUUUGUUUCCUUUUCAUCCGUCCUCCCAGUUAUCUUAUUUUGAAAGACCACCACUUCCGCCAUCGCCUCACUUUCGCGCUCGACUCUUCGGCACGUCAUUUUCCUGCAUCAGCAACACAAGGUAGCCCUCACAAAAAUGAGCCAGAAACAGAGUUCACUGGAGAGAGAAAGGGUUGAUUCUGCAUUAUGGUGAGUUGAUGUUAAAGUAAUGAAAAGUGCCUAAAAUAAAAUGUAAUUGUUGUAUCCAGAUUACAUACUAUGUAUAUACUACGUACUGAUUAAGGUUUUUGUGAUUGGAACCUCCUCACCCCUACCCCGUCCUUGGAAAAAGUUUCCUGAAUGAAACUCAUCACUGGUACAAAAAAGGUUGAGGACCACUAAAGUAGCUGAUAACUAAAACAGGAAUCAUUUAAUGCUUCAACAAGACCAUUUAGAGAGUAAUUAAAAGGCAUUUCUAGGCACAUUGGGCAAAAUCGUGAAUUCUUAAUUAGUCAAACUUUGAUUACUGAGACGUAAAAUAAAAUAAACACAACAAUUUUGGGCUUAUAGCUUGCAUUAGUCACUUAGUGCGAUUUCACAGGUCGAUAACUGGCGUAGAUAUAAAUCGGCAAACGUAAUCAUGUCAAUAUGUUGUGUACGUUUUAUAAAUCACUGUCACUACGACUUCAAUUACCCAAAAAUACUCAACAGUUACAUUGUCCUUGGGUUAACAAAAAUUGACUCUUUUAACAAAAUGACCCUCAGUAACAGUUAAUCGGGAUGUUUUUAAAUCAAACAGGCUGCGUGCUUGACAGUAGAAUAUUGUCAGCCAAGCUAGCAUGUCUUUUUUCAGAUGAUGGUAAAUGGUGGAUGGACUUGUGUUAUAGUCAAACAAUGAUGUCAGAGACUGAGACGUAAAGGCACAUGCUAACCAACAACACUGAACCAAUUAUGGCUGCUUCAGCUCCACACAUCAGAUUUUAUGAACGUGAUAAGAGCCUGUUACCCAAGUUAUUGUAGACAAACACAGUGAUUUGCUGUAUGAUGUUUGUAUUCUUUAUGAAAGAUGACUACAAUAAUGACAAUAUGGCCCUGAUUUGCUGCCAUUUCACCAUGACCUUAUUUCCUCAUACAUAUUUCCUGGGGCUCUUCCAGUUCACCUAUUUCCACAGCACCCAUAUACUUUCUACUCAACAAUACAGCCCCUUCAGACAGGUAAUGGCUAAUUUUACUGAUGUAAAAUUCAUUUCAGUGCCCUGAGUCGCUCUGUAAUGGUGACUGUGAAUGAAGUCGGGCAAAUGUCCCCGGAGUUUCAAAGAUUGACUUCUCAGUGGAUGAUUUUUUUGCCCAUCCAUCUCUGUGUAGCUCUGCUGCCUGUGAAUCGUUGGACUGUCGCCAUCGCCUGUAAAACAUGGCAGUUGCUGACAUAAUUCCUCCAAAAGACAGGGGGAGUUUUAGAGAAUGCAAGCUCAGAGAUGCUGGUAACUGUUUUCCCUUUGUACCAGGGGGCUAAAUGAUUGGUGUGCCGGUCGUUAUAACUGCAGUAAACCACUUUGCAAUAUAAUGUCACCCUGUAAACCAAAAUUUGGGUACUUUUUGAUACUUGAUGUUAUUAGAAUUUUACAAUCUUUGGUGCUUUUAUGUAGAUAAAAUGGUUCAGUGUAGCUGAAAAGCAGCUCAUCCUGACUGAAGGAAGAUAUUUUGUAGGUUGCAUCUCCACAAGGCAGCAGUGUCGUCACGAAAGACAUGUCAAGACUGUCAAUGCAUGAGCCUCCUUCUUUAAGAGAAAGAAAAGCAAUGCCUGUUCUCCAGCAUGCCCACUACAAGCAACAAUAGCAAGUCAUCUUGUGAAAGAUCAUCUUUACACCGUGUGCUGCUGACUAGAACUGACUGUCAGUCUCCUGUGGGUCUACUCUAACCCAUAAAGCCAACUCUUAUAGAGAACCCGCUGACUUAUCAAAAUCUGUAUGCAAACUACGCUGCAGAACAGUGUCAUGCAAGGGAGGAAACUCUUUAAACCUCUCAAAGCACCUUAGUGACAGACACCCAGACCUUUCCAAGGAAACACGACAGGCUAGGACAUAAGUUUGUGGGCUGUAUCAAACACGGUACCAUCAGUAUACCAGUUGGGGGUCAAUAUCAGACCCGGCCACCCUAACCAUACUUGCUGCUUUGUCUCUGGUGGUUCAAAUAGAGAUCGUAAAUGAGGCACACUUCCACUUAGAUUCUGCAAACAUAAUAGUGCCAAUAGUGAACAUAAUGCUCGAUAAAUGGUGAUUGGGCUGCUUUGGAAACAUUUGAAAGGAGAACAAUAUCAAUCUUUUUCCUUGAAUACGGUGCAUCUAAGAAGACUAACGCCUCCAAGACAAGGACAUGCAACGUGUCCAAGAGUUAUGCAGAAAACCUGUUAGACUUUCAAGGUAAUUGGCCGUUGUUUUGCAGACUUUGUCACUCUUUUUGUUAAAAACGGAUUUGAAUGAUCUUACAAUUAGCUCAAUGCAGAGCAUAAUGUGCACUUUUGUGUUUGGAGAAUGAUUUGCAUUUGGCAGGAAUGCCUGACUGGUUUGAAAUGAAAAGGCACAUACUUCAUUAGGCUGAGAGUGGUGGCAUCCUCAAGCUCCGCAAAACACAGAUUAAUAGGCGGCAAUCACAAUGAGCUUUUGAAUACUAAUCUGAAGUCAAUGAAGCAAACUCUUCUUUAUCAUUUAAAUGGACAAAAUUGAGGAACAUUUACUUCCCUUGGUGCCUUAAAGCCCUCGUGAGGAGCUUUUUUAUUUGCGAAACAGAUUGAAAUUGUUACGGAUGCCUCUUAAUGACCCACAAAAGCAAACGAGACCACAAGCAGAAAAAUCAAUGCUGCCACCAGGGUGAAGGUGACAGACAAGACAGCCGUCAGUACACAAUACCAACAGUCUUUCUUGUCAACAAUGAGUGAUACAAAGCACUGUUAAAAGACAGCAGGAUCAGAUUUUUUCCUCCAAGUAUUACCUUGGUACAUGCAUAGGAGCUGAUUUAUGAUUAUGCGGUUAAUUUUGGAAUAACACUGACAUGCACGGUAUGAUUAAUGUCUCUAAAUUAGUGUCGGAGGCACACAAGAACAAAAAAUCCACAUCCCAUCGCCACAGAGACAUCACAAGCUGUAGGGCAUGUGAGCAUAGCUGUAUGUGUACAUAAACAUGGAAUUGAAAAUUAAACCAUGUUGCUCUGUUCAGCACCUGCUCUACCUGUUCAUAUCAAACUGACAGGCCGUCACAACAAUGCACAAGAAACAAUCAAGAAUGAUUAAUCAUCGACACACAGACCCACACAGGCACAGCUUUAUUAGUAAUUGCAUUUUGGACACUCAGCAUUGCUACUGCUUCCCUUGGGGCAAGUGUUGCUCCUUGAAACUGUGCACUUAAUGAAUAACUCUUAUACUCACGUCCCUAUUGCAUGACAAUAUCAUGUGACAGAGCAGCAACAGUGACCACAGCAACAUGACGACAAUGUUGAGUACAUAGAGCAGUCUUCCUGUUAGUCUCAGACAGUGUUAGUUAACUACCCUAGAUGUACCGUAGGCGGUUAGACCCCACAGCACCCAAAUAUUCAACGCCUAUAGAAAAAGAUAAAAUCCGAAAAAUGAUAAGAUGUCCACAGGGGGCACCAAAAUCAACACAAGCCAAUAGGUCCUAACAGUAGAUUUAAAAUGUGGACGUUAAGACAAAUAUCCAACCUGCGUAUAAUUUCACAUUUCUUUUUAUGUCUAAUACUGGCAUUGUUAAUCAAGUCAUGCUCAUGUGUCGCACCAUGUGCAUGCUGUCACUGUCAAAUUAAUUAAAAUGGAAGAUGUUAAGGCAUACAAAAUGAGUCAGUCUGUUUCUAACCGAUGUUUAGGUCAAAUCUGAUGUGCCGUAGACAGGCUCCAAAGCCACCCUGGGCUUACUGCCAGUCUCAAACUUGCUUCAGUUGACAGAUCUGCAACACAUGGCAGUAAAACCCUUAAGGCCCUGUCUGUCUAGUACAGGCUGACCCACUGGCCUUGGCCUUCUUCUAAUUUUCGCUCUUUUGACGACAUAUAUACACAAAGCGUGAAACGAGAUGACCGUCUUUUCUCUUUAUCAAUGUCUAGACAGUUCAAUUCACAGGUGAGAUGCUAAAGGUCUGUCUUCAUAGUGGGAUUUGGAUGUUUUGUCUCUGCGUGACAGGCCGUCAGCUUCAUUCUCAUUCACCGCUCGGUGUCAUUUGAACUGACAGGGUUGUCUAUCUCUGCUUCUGUUUGAGGGAUAAAUGAGGGUGAAUGAUGAAGGGUGAUGGGCUGCCUCCAUAUACAAACAGAGCCAUCUGUGUUUACCCACAGCACCAGGAACCCCAGACAGCCAAAUUCAAGUUCGUGCCAAACGAUAUGACAAUACAAUACAACUGCCAGAGAGUCAAUACAAUUAGAAGAAAUGAAUACGACUUUGAUAACAAGGUCAAAAUAAAAAGGACUGGACCAAAUUGGGGUAUAAUUGCCCUUUAAUGUGGAACACAACAAGAAGUCUAAUUUGUGCACCCCUUCCCUGAUAUGAAGCCAGAUACCGACAUUAAAGUUUCACAAUUCAUGGAUUAAAUUAUUUCCCUAUUAAAAAACCAUUUCGGAAGAGCGCAUCAAAAGGCUUGUAUCCAGACCAUCUUUGCUCUCUAUUGCAUAUAAAUUUAAUUACAUAACCAUCUAAUCCCACUGUGGAUUCUUCACACACAGUCUGUCUCUUUAAAAAUAAAUCUCCUGCUCUUUAUAAAGCAGGCUUAUUUGAAGAAUGUAAUAAUGGCACACCACGCUUUUUAUCCUUUGGAGUUCAUUUCCCCUCUGGUCUUUUGUCUGCUUUUUCAGCAAUUGGUUUUAUAAAAAAGCUGUAGUCUUGAGAUACUGCAAACUUGCAAAAGACACAAAUUUUCAGGCUUUUAAAGACCCCCCAGUGUUGUAAACCUGGUGAGAAAAAACAGCCACCUAGAACCAAUUACAAAGAGCUGUACAGACAGAAAAAAAUCAAUGCUUCAAAUAGAUGAAAGGCAAACAACUCUAACUUUUGAGGUCCAUUUUCAGCUAAUUUUCCUAAAGCCAUGUCUGAAAACUUCACGACCUGUCAUACCAGUUUUUAAUUAUUAUUGGAUGACAUUAACCCAAUAUGGGAGUGCCUGAACUCCUGCUUAAGCCCAGUGGGCGAAGAUGCUCAGAGUACUUGUGCUGUAUAAUAAGAGGGUGAGGCUCUCAAGACCCACUUCAGUGAAAAUCAUGUUUUUCCUGUUUUUUAUUUGUUUACAUGGCAUUUUUCUGAUGCUGCAGGACAUAUCAUGAGAAAACUAAAUGCUUCAUUCAAAUCUCUGUGAAUCUCUGGCAGACCCAAACAGCAAGUUCAGAAACAGUGAGAUUUCAUAUGUAACCCAUCUAAGCUCCUCCCCCGGAGCCCCGCUAUGCAGGCCACACUCUGCAUACAGAGGAGAAAUAAAGAGGACGAUCACGGAACAGGCAUGUGCGUUAGUGGAUUGCAAUGCUCGUAAGAAAGCUAACUAUGAUGUUAGCUUUCAUCGUGUCCAAGAGCUGAAUAGCUUCUAUGUUACCUGCCACUUCUACUACACCGGCAAUGUUAGGCUACAUGCUAACAUGAAUUCGAGUGUGCAGAGCAGCACCGUCUCCGCCAACGACUUAGUGGCAAAUUGCUAAUGAUCUACCGGAGCUCUGCAAGAGAAAAGCCCUUGAAAAUGACACAAGUAACACGAUCUUUGGUAAAAACUUCAUAAUCACAAUUUAAAGACCAUUGAGAACACUUUAAGUAGUAAAAAAAAACAAUCAGAGUGGGACUUUAAUCAUUAUAUGUCAAAUAGAAGAAAUUCAUUAAAUGUCAGAAGGAAAAAUGCAGCUUUCUGAUAUCUUAAGUUACAUUUUACACUAUUAUCACACUUUUGUCUUUCGAUAAUAUUUUGAUUAUUAUUCCUUUGAACCAAUUCUUCUUUGGAAGAAUUGAUUUAUAGGAGAUAGUUUAUUGGAAAAGUAUUGAAAAAGUAUUUGUUUAUUAAUCUAGACUAGAUGAUUUUCUUGAUUUCUUAUUAACACCACCUCAGAUAUAAAAAAAAAACAUCAAGGUUGUUGCCUAUUUCGAAGAUGCCCUGGACUGUCUCUCUGUCUCUGAAAUCACAGUACUCUUAAUGUAAAGGUUAACAAUAGUAUCUAGAAGAGUAUCUGCCUGUAUUUUCAUUGUAAACUGCACUGUGCAAGAAAGAAAACACCUUUAACCAAUUUGUAAUUCUGGUCCUGGCGAGGACAUUUCAUCAUUUUGUGUACUUAACAUGCGCGUCCCUACCGGUGACUGGUUGUUGACAGGGAUGAAUGCCGGCUGUUGUCGGAAUACAGGAACUGUUGGAUGGAAUUAAUGUUCACUGUGCAUAAAUUCCCAGUGUUCCCAUGCUAUCUUAUCAUAGAACAUGUUUGCAUUGUAGGCACAAACAUCUCCCAGCUGUUUUGCACCUGAGUUGAGUGAUUGCAUAUUGAAAGAAGUCCUGGGGAGAAUAAAAGGGAGACUUAAUGGACUGUGACAACCAAGUAUGAAGUAAUAACAUCGUUCCCUGAUAGAACUUGCUCCCUAACUGCAUGAUGCUUCCUAUAUAACUGUCUCUGAUAUUCAGCAGGUAUGAAUAAUGUAGUCCUACAUAAAUAAUCUAUUCUGCACCCACCCUGAGAUCAUUUCAAAGCAGCUUUUUUUCAUUGUAUUGAUAUGUUUCCUAAUAAAAAUGAGCUAUGAUUUGGAGUGGACAUAUGAUGUAUAUUAGCUCCGCCUGUUCACGUUAAAAAAACAAGAUCUCUGUGCUGACAAUUUUGCCAUAAGCACCAGUAAAAUCCAGUGAUGAAUUCAGCUCAUGAGCAGUUCUUUUCAUAAAAAGGAAGCAUGGUUUUAAAAUGUAGGAGCUUAACAGUGGGUGGCUGCUUUGUUUUAGAAAAAGCUGGCAGAAUGCUGAAUGGCAGCAGCUGAUUACACACUAUUAAGGAGGAAGGAGAGAUUAAUUAUGAUUAUAGUUAAACAUCACCAUGGCUGCUGUGAUACAUUAGAUUCAUUAUGCAUUUUGGAAACAUUAGCAUGCUAAACAUAACGCAAUAAAAUUUAUAAGGGGUUUAUGUUGUGAGUCUCCAGCAGAGCUUCUCGUGUUUGCCAAGAGACGUCAAUUAAAAUGCUUUCAUCCCCGGGUGCAAUUUCAAUAAAUUACCCUGUGAGGACAAACAAAAACAGCAGAGACACAACUGUUGGUUUCAUCUUUCAAACAUCAUUUCAAAGGGGUUACAGAGGGCAACUGAAUAUGUAAUGAAACUCUCUCAGAAUAUGUAUAUUAACUCGUCUUGGAGGUUUAUGAACCUGUGCAACAUUAUUCUCUCCCCCCCAACUUCACAAGAAAAAAAAAAACAAAAAAAAACUGCAUUUGAUUUUAUUUGUUUUACUGCGGCUGUGUCUCUGAGUCUGACCUUGGGUAAGGGUCAAAGAAACCCGCCCUGAAACUAAUAGCAAAGAGUAAACAAACAUGCCUUUUUCCAUUCCACUACCGCUCAACCACAUCUUGCUCAAUCUGCAAAGAAGCCGAGGUUAUAUUGAACAAAAUGCAGUUUCACUUCCCCUUAACAGACACUGUUGCCUAAGGAGAAAAGUCCGAACUUUGGAGACCAAGACAGAAUUUAUCACUUUGGUGCUACUUCUGUUUCUGCUGCUAUAGGUAGAAAUUUACCAAUAGUAUAUCAGCAUCCUUGAUUACUCAAAAUGCUUCCCAUUUGGACCCAAUUGAUGUACUUUAUUCUUAUUACUCAUUUGCGUCUUAUGCAUCUGACAACUUAUGCUACAGAUGAACUUGUUUCUUCAGUUUCCUUGCUGGUAAACUUCUCAAAAGCUAAACCAACACUACACCACCUCUCUGCUAUAUUACAAUGUGCUUCUAAUAUUUUACAUCGUCUUAUUUAUUGAUGUUACUCAUGAGCUGAAGGCCGAGCAAAGCUUUGGUUAAUGCUCUACAGCUCUAAUGAUGUCUCAUAUAAAGCAAAUCUUAUUGAGACCUUCUCGUUUCGGAUGCAUGCAACUUUAAUGGCCGUGUGAUGAAUCAGGCACUUACAGUAGAGUCAGUUGUAUUACUUAUGGAAAUCAUUUGGAAUGCCCACUGGUAUGCAUGAGUGCUGGAGGAGUACACUAGCUUGGAUUCCUCUUUAAAUGUUGAAUUUUUAAAGAUGAGUACAAGGAGUUGUGAAUCAAUUCGCAGCUUGGACUUCAAGCGAGGCUUUACAGAAGCUGUGAUGUGUUGUAUUUUAGUCUUUUUCAACAACCUUGCCAUCACAAGAGCAACGGUAGGGCUACCAAAACAUCUCAAUUAUUCAGUUAUUGCAAAACGACCAUUGGCAGGGCAUGUGAGUUUGAAGAGUCCUUGAAAUUUUUGGUUGAUUUCUAUGGCAGGAGGAUGAAAAAUGAACAGUUUUCUUUUUGUUUUUCUCCUGAGGCUAAUGUUAGCCCAUCAACCAAAAACAAUGGACUCAAGGAGAAAUUCAAUGUUCCUCUUAAAGGGAUAUUUCAUAUUUUUUAAGUGAGCUUGUAUGACCUACAUACUUGUCACGAGUAAGUGUAUUAGCCACAAUAGAUGUGGUAGAAACAGGAAUCUAUGUAUGCUACCGUUCUUAUUAUCUUAGUAUAAAUGUAUGUAUCUUUGUAUAACUGUAAUCAGUUGACCUCUAAUUUGCUUCUCAGUAAAGGGAGCCGAGCAGUCGGACCUCUAACUCAAGCAAUUUCACUUUAAAAAUCUCACUUUCAGACCUCCUCAAUUACUGAUGAGAGAUGUUUUAGUGGUGCAAAAACUGGGUUUAAAUGCAUCUUGGAUUCAGCAGCUACAUGCUGCAAACUCAAGUAAUGUUUAAAACAUGGAAAACAGCAGAUAGACAAUGGAAGCUGUGAGGGAUUUCAGCUGAUCUGGUCUCUUUUUAUUUAGUGAAGCAAAUUUUUUUAAAGGUAACAGGUAAAAUUAAAAAAUUCAGGCUUGCUUUGUUGCUAUUCAUUCACUAAGCAAACACGUCCGCAGUGAUGCCUCAACUACAUUCAUAUGCUCAUAAAAAUACACAAACACUCCACAGCGAAAGUCAUAUUAAUUCAAGACAUGGGGGCAUGAAAAGUGAGGGAGCACUGCUCAACCAUCACUGUAACUGACAACACAGAAACUAGGCCAACAAAGGACUUGCGUGACAAAUUCAUAACACCCCUACCAACCCCCUCUCCCCAUAGGGGAAAUAUGUACAGUAUCCAUUCAUAAAUGCAGAUGCCGACCUGCAGCCAUAGAAAACCAUUGGAGACAGGGACAAGCUAAAUCCACUUUGCAGCUAUGGUGUUAUCACGCUGAUAGCAGUUUACACACUGUAGAAUAAUUUGCAUCGAUUAUGACGUCAAAAAGACCUCCUGCAUUAGCAUUUACUACUGUUAUGUUAAGUACCUGCUAGGCCACACAGGCUGCUGCUUUAACUGUAGGAAUAUUGAUUUUCGCUGCAUGCAGGGGCUCACUCGCUUUCACUCAUACAUACAUAAUCCCACAGACACCUCAAGAGAGUUUCAUCACAUACAGCCACAAAGACCACUAGUACCUUCUGAUUGAUGGUUAAAUGUAGACGUGACUGUCAUUUUAUGUCUGUUCUGUUUGCGUAAACAGAACUUGGACAUAAAUAUAUAUCAAAUUUGAUGGUAAAAAGUCAAAGUCACAAACAAAACUCCCUCCCUGCAGUAAUUUGACAGUUUCACACUGAUGUCAAAUUGCAUGAAAUGAUCAAAUGAUGACAUUUCAUACCCAAAAGGUCAAGGGUGGAUUGUGACCUUUUUGCAAACUAUAUUUAGAUUUUAAAGAGCUUAUGCACCUCUAGGUUGAAACUGGGUGUGAAGCGUUUUUUCAGUAAAGUGAAUUAAGCAUAGAAGGCGUAUGAGAAUACAGAGAAGGGCAGCUCAGACUCUGUAAAACCAUCACAAUAAUAUUAGACACACAGUAAGGCAAAAUUGUAUAUGCUUGUAUUAGGGUGACCAUAUUCUGAAUCCCCAAAAAGAGGACAGGAUUAUGCGGGGGCGGAGUCAUGGAGUCACGCGUAGUUAAUUUUGAGAGUUUUUCGGGUUGGAUCGAGUGUUUUUUACGCGCUUCUAACUCAGUAAGUCGACACAAGACAAACUCAAAACUUCCAUACAAAAUCCCAGACAUUUGAAGGAUUUUAUAAACUCCCCCGGACAAGUCCAGAUAGGCUGGACAGCCCCAAAAAAGAGGAUAUGUCCGGGUAAAAGAAGACAUAUGGCCACCCUACUUGUAUCAUCAUCAUUAUAAUUUUGUUGUCAUGCUGUGUAUUUCUUUUUCUGAAUAUUCGUGUCCAAUAUAGUUGACAAAUUAGGAGAUUAAAGUGUCAUGAUAUAUUUUUUUAUAUUAUGACUAUAUUCUGUAUAACAUGGGCAGGACACAGCCACCUCCAGUGAAGCAAAAAUGCUUAGAGCUCCCCCUGGUGUCUAACUGCAGUACAAGCCAUAAAGUCCUAAGUCAACACCUUUCAACGUAUUUUUUUUUGGCUUCACUUUUUACAGUAAAAGGAGGCUGAGGUUUUCUGUCCAGUCAAUGUUAAUGUCGACUAUUUGAUUUCUUUUUAAUCAUAUAAUAAUAAUAAUGCAUCAGAUUUCAUAGAGCGCUUUAUCUGAGACCAUCAUUCAUUCGGUCACACCUUGGUGGUGGUAAACUACCUUGGUAGUCACAGCUGACGGAAACGUGGCUGCCUACGGCCUCUCUGACCACCACCACACAACACUCACAUUCAUACACCAGUGGAGGACACACACUGGGAGCAAGGUGGGUUAAGUGUCUUGCCUAAGGACACAACGGACAGACUUGGGAUAGGGGGGAAAUUGAAUCGCCAACCUUCCAGUUAUUGGACGACCGCUUUACCUCCUGAGCUACUGCCGCCCCACAUAUAGAAGAUGCUCAGUACCACUGAACCCCACCUGCCUCAAAGUAAAAUACAUAUGUGUUGGGGUUGAAGAAUAAGGCCCAAGAACUGUGUCAAUGCUCUUUUAGUGGAUCAAAAUAGUACACAUCUAGUUUCAGCAAGGGGAAAUAGCCCAGUUUUAACACGCACACUGACUUUGAGCAGACUAAAUGCGGCUCUUCCCCCAGUGUAAACAGAAACACAUACCUGUUCCAAAUCAGCAUGAAAGUGGGACACAGCCUUUUUCAACAUCUUUUCAGCUUCUAACACAGAGGACAAUUAAUCCUGUUCCUACCCGAGAUCGACCAUUUGAGACAGCAACGAGAAGGCUAUUACGUGAGAGAGGAUCAGAAAAGGGACGGAAUAAUUGCUAGGGCGCUAUUGUAUGUGAAAAUAGAAAUAGGAGAACAAACAAUGCUCGGGCAAAGGCUCUCAGGGAUUGGAAAUGAGUUAUGCCUAAUUUAUAUUUGACAGGGAGGAACGUUGGUUCAGCAUGUUCUUGUGCCUUAGUUGAGAGCUGCAACAUGCUGCACACAUCAAGAAAGGCUGCCAUUUCACUGAUUAGAGGCGUGAUUUUUUAUUAAUAACACGGCUGCAGUGCAUCUAUUCUGGGGUAUACAGUCAACACACAUGAAACCAUAGCAAUAAGGAAGGAACUAAAUGGAGAUUUGUUUUUUUAGCUGUCAUGUGGCAGAUCAUGAAUCACAAGUCUAACUUAUAUUUGUGCAUAAUGUCAAGUUUUUACAUGUAUGUAUAGUGUAUGUGGAUAAAUUCCCUCCAUAUGGCUGUCAUGUCUGAGCAACUCCCACAACCAUUCCGUCACAUUUCCCAGUGGAGUCGGUCAGCACCACAGUGCAAGUUGUUGUGGAUAAGAGCAUCUGCCAAAUGCUAUAAAUAUAAACAUAUCAUGAUGUAAGAGGUCGUGGAGAUCACUUUAAAUCUGGUAUACUGAAAUUUAUGUGACAGAAUAUUAAAGGCCACGCUGCAGGAGCAUGUGGAGAGAUUUAGGAAAAUGAAAUAUUGUAGAUUUAUUUCAUUUUUUAGCACUUUAAUCAAUCAUAGUGCAUGCAUACGUUGUAAUUUUAACCGUUCAGAGGAUGAUGACAGAAAGAGGACUUGAAUAAGAGCUAAAAAGCCAAGAUACCAACAUGGUGAUACAAGAUACGAUUCAGAGGGGAGAGGGGGGACAUGGAGGUAUACGUCUAAAGAAGAUGAUUUCUCAGUCUACAUGAGAUGAGGAGCGACUCCGCUGUUCUGAAAUCAUUGCAGCCUCGGGAGCCAGGAGGGAAAGAGAUUUGAGACCAGCGAUAACAAGGUCAGAGCAGAUGGAGCUAAAAGAGAUGAAGGAGCGAUCCAGGCCUGAAACAUACCCAGAGGCUUGGUUGUGGUUAGAAAGGGAGCACAAAUCUGGGAUUGGACUUGUAGGGUUUUCAACCAGAGAAGUGAUAAGAGGUAAAUUUGAGGAAGGCUGGCUGUAUUUGUCUUGGUCCUAUUCUACUGGCAACACUUUAUCCUUUGUAAGACUUAUUUGAGUUACUGAUAGCACCCUACUAACAUGAUAUCCAGACUUGAAACUUUUUAAUCUUUUAAAUCUGCAGCUGCAUCUCUACAAAGACCAAACAGAAGUGCACAUCGAGACUGUAAGUACUGUUAUCAGUCCAUCACAAGCAGGAGGCAUCUCUGUGCUGACACUUUCCUUUUGAACUGUUAUUUUAUAUUCCCUGUGAUUGGAGCUUAAAUUUUUACAACCCAAGUUAACACUCCUGUGUUAUGGUCUGCACCGACCUGUUUUUGAUUUUACAUGCUUAAAGGAACCACAUCAAGUUUUUUUUGCAUGAAGACUUUUGACUUUGUCAGAAACCUCUAUUUCAACAAAACAAAGAUUAAAAAGUUUUUGACUAAAUUAUAAAAUUCUCUUAUUAAAAUUAUGGCACUUGUCGUGUUAGGGUUGCUGUUGACCCGGUUAGAUCAAUAUCUAAUAAUCAGAGCAAAAACUGAAAUCAUACGUGCACUGUCAGGCACCACACUGACAGUCAGAUCCUCUUCCAAUCAUGUGAGAUUUAGGAAAUUCUCAUUUUGCCAUGUUUUUUCCUGCACAAAAAACAGCCUCAGGCAUGUCCAGACAUGUGAGAUCAAUUCAGUAUAGAUGUCUGUAUGAGGGGUAUACAGACAAAGAAAGGCCAAGAGGACCACAACAAAACUAUUAUAGGCAAUAUUUUCAUGGGUAAUGAAGCCUAACAAGGUAACCUAGAGAUGAGAACCAAAUUGGAUGAUAGAGAAUUGUUUUUAGUGUAAUUUACAGCUGAUUUAAGACACGGGUCAAACCGACCCUUAACAUGGAGGGUGCGUGGUAAAAGCUAACACAGGAGGAAGGUUAAGAUUAGAAGUAGUUUCACUACAAAAUCAAGAGGUUUAAUGAAGCUGGAGCUUCAUGUCCUCUGAGUGGUGAAGCAAGGGUGCCAUUGGCAAAUUCGCAAUUUGUCAAGAUGAUUAUCUCUGCGAAUAGUUCAUUACAAAGAGCAGUCUAAAGGACAUAGACACACACAGCAGAGUGCCACCAUGAGUCACACUGUCCACUGGAAGCAGCCAAAGAUGCUUUUUGAUCUUUUUUUAUUGCCGUCUGUGUGUCUCUUUAGGGAUCAGAGUGGAUCGAGGUGUUUCAGCCUUUUCUAUAUACAAAGAGUGGGAGCAAAGCAGGACCACCCCUGCUGAUCUUCACUCUGAAACCAGUCUUACAUGAGUGGAGAUUCAAUUAAGGGCUUCCAUGUCUGCGCUGGAGAUUUCUCAGUAUUGCACAGAAACAGAGCAGGCGUGCAUGGAGCCUUAGGGUAGGCUGACGUUAGCAGCAGAUACAGAGAAAGCAGGGUGGUGUUUCCUUUCAUCCAGGCAGCCUCUUCUAUACAGCUUUUUAUUCUAACACAACAGCGAACAGCCCCUCUGAUCCUGCAAAACCCUAUGAGGUUUGAUACUCAUUAAGAUUUGAUGAAUGAUUCCUGAACAUAUCAAAUCUUCUGCUCCAAAAAUGACUUUCAAAUUCAUGAGUACAACUGCUAUUUUAGAGACAUGGUCAUGUUUUCUGGCCCUCUUUGCUAUUGUUUUCUUUAAAUGCAACGACAUAAGUUAUUUUUGAAUUUGUCACUUUUUCCAUAUUUUAAGUUAGAAAUAACAUAUGUGCCUGGCAGCUGUAUCAUUACAUCUUAUACGAGUACUACUAGAGUGAAAAGCCAAGAACUGUGCUCUGGUUGCAGGGUUGAUUGCGCUCUCACUGCAAACAGGGUUUGACUGGAAGUGAGCCAAGACCACCUCUUUUUAGGCAAUCUCAGAUUGCUCGUUUUGUUCCCCAUCAGAGUGAAAUUGCUGUGUUCAUACAUGUCCAAAAGAGCCAGGCCAGGGAGGUAAAUUGCUCCCAUUGUGGAGCAACCUCUGCAAACAAUUUAAGUGUGAAAACAAUCUUGAGCACUUUCUGCUUCAUGGUAACACAAUCUCAGUCUGAGCAGGCGUGUCAGAAGUCAAAGUAAAUUUUACACCACUCACUCUCAGCUGAGUUUCUUUUGACAAGGAAAUUGUGAGGAGGCACUGGCAGAUAAGGUUUAUUAAAAAAAAAAAAAAAUAGGUUUUGACAUCUUAAAUUCUUGGAUGAAAUUUUGUAGGUGGAGCCAUUCAUGUCACAAUCCCACCAAUCCGGGCUCUGACUCAGCACCCACUCACUCCUCCACACAGGAGCAGCAGCCAGCGCCGAGUUAAAGAUGUGGCUCUUUUCCCUCCAUCAUUCUCCUCAUCUCCAUCUGCUUAUGUAAACUCCUCUUAAAACUGCACAUGAACUAUCAAAGCAUAAACGCUGACUUUCGUAGCUUUUAUAGCUCUGUGGGCUUAAUCAAAAACAGUCAUCAACCCUCGUCUUGGUUUUGUUUCUCUGAACCUGCGGUGAUUUUGUGAUGCAGCAUGACUUGUGUGCUUUCAUGACUGUUUUUCUUGGCACAUGUUGAAGCCCGCUCAACAGUCUUUCCACCGGGGCCCAUCAGAGCAAGCAGCUGCCACUGACGCUGAACAUGAAGGCACCAACAUGUGACACUGUGGGGUGUGUUUUUAAUUGAAACGCUCACAAUGUAAAAUACAUGAGGAGGCUCCGCAUGGAGAGCUCGAAGUGGCGUCUGCGACAUCGUACAUGCAGGAGGAAAUCUCUGAUCCUAUGGCAUAAUGUGAUCUUUGAUGUAAACUCCACUGCGACAACACAUUCUGCAUACAACCCGCCUCAUACAUAUUUAAAAUACCUGCUUCUCUGAAUAGUAAAUUUCCCCGUCUUUAAUCGAAAUGUAUGUUUUCUUUUAGUCUUUAAGAAAAUUUACUAAAAUGAAGAUUUGAAAUAUUUGUAAAUAAGUUAACAGGCUAAUUUGAGAAUUAAUAAGAUGAAAUCCUAACUUUGUAUGCCAGUGUGGACUCGGAUAAAAGACUUAUACAUCUCUUCGAAACAGCGCCAAUGUUUGUGUCGAGAAACAUGCACACACAGGGAAAGAAAAAGGAAAUCUAUCCUUAUCUCUCACACAAGCGCUGUAAAUCACUGAUAGAAGAGUUAACUUCACAGAUUCAUGAUUCUUACAAACCAAACUACAAGUAUUGCCAAACAGCUCUGACUAAAAAAGAUUAGAUUCGCUGCUCAGGAAAAUAAUUGAAUAUUAAGAUCUGGGUUUUGCUGUGCCUCUGAUAAAUAAAGUAUCAAUGGGAUUUCUGCACCGUAAUCUUAAAGCCUAGAGGAGUACUCAGGAUAAGAAUCACAGAAAAUGAAAAAGAUCAGAGCUGUUUCAUUUUCAGAGGGAGGAAGCUGUGCAGUCAGCGCAAUAUCUACAAGAUUAAAGAUAAAAUCUUUUCGGUCUUGGAAAGGUUUUUUUUAGACUCAUUCUUCCUGUUUUAAAUGUGCUGACAGCUCGGAUGCUCAGUCUCUCACAAUGUCAAAACAAAGACUCAGACAGGCACUCACAGAUUUGGCUUUCUCUUUCCUUCUAUAGUUCAUCUUUUAAAAUUCUUGUCUGCGUGUGAUUAUCUCACCUCACAUUUGGCAAGACGAGACAAUCCUACUUUGUUUUGGGGUUUUAAUGUUUUAUAGCUGCCAAGUUUACUUUCAUCCUAAAUUUCAAGCCAUCAGGAACCUGCUAAAUAGCUGCUUAUAUUACAGACAGUCGGAGGAGUGAAGAUGCAUUACUUCCUGUGGUUGUCAGUGUUGUUUAUUUAGAACCUUUUGCCCUGCUUCAAAUGCUGUCAGUAAAUUAAAAGAAUUGAUUUAUUGAGGUCAAACAUAUUGAGAAAAGAAGUAAAAAGGAGAGACAUUUAUCAUUUAUUAUAUAAAAAAGCAAUAAACUGUUCUGUGCUGGACAUUUUCCACCACACUGACAGAUUGACCACACUGUCGAGCGAGGAUCUCUUGUGCCUUACUUGUUCUGCUGAGUUUUGAGAUUUAUUAAAAAAUGCUGCUUGGCGUCAGAGGCGGGGAAAAAUCAAUAAAAGCACAGCUGUAAAUCUGACCAGCAGGAACCAUGACUAAAACUAGAGGUGUCACCACUUCUGUGCAGGAACAAGCCUCCUUAACACCUCUGGAAAUCUCAGAAGAUUUAUGGCGGGACAAGGUCGAUAUGCUACACUAUAGGGCACGGUACAGACUAAAUCUGUUGUUUUCACUAAGUGGUUGCUAUUCUAUAGACAGAGUGGCUUUUCUUUUGUCUUCAGCAGCCGCUCCUUCAUGGAAAAAAUUAUCUACAGUACAGUAAGUAAAACAUCAUAAACCAAAACAAUAGAAGAUCUAACAAAACACAUGAGAAUAUAACACAAUAUCAACAUACAGUGGCUAUGCAAGGAUUAUGCAUGCCGAAACGUAAGGGACUCAACAGUUGCGCCACAUAUUUUAUCACUUCACUCAAGAACGUGAGCUCAGUUGUGUUUGUACCCAACAUUGCUACAGCUGUUGCUGGGUGUUUUCGUGACCAGGAGACUGGAGCAAAUCAAAAACGAUAAAAUCAAAACCAAGAGCAUCAUUUUUGCAUUCAGGCUGUGUUUAAGUAAAUGCUUUGUCACUAUCAUGAUCCUCAGAUGGGUGCAACUUAAUGCGGACUGCAAGUUAACACUACGAUCUAGUCCUGAAGGAUAUAUGUAGUGAAAACGAAUUUCAUAUGCCUUAGUAAAUCUAUGAAUCUCAGAAAUGUCGCGCCAGAUCCAAGUAGAAACCAGUUUUUGAUACCCAUGUAAACAGAUUAAAACCACACUCAAUUGGACUCCCUUUGCACAUCAGUUUCAACUGCAUUGUGUUGCCCUAAGUAGCUGAGACCGCAAAGAACCCUGCAAGGGUAAAUCUAGCUGUAUGUGGCUUUCUGAAAAGGGAGCCCAAUAACGUCUGUUUUUCUUCUGAUUUUGGUGCACCAUGACACCCACACUGUCUGCUUAUGAUACCACAAUAUGAUGCACCCCGACAUAAAUCAUUUAACACCACAGCCAUUAUUUAUAAUACACAAACUAGUUGAAGUCCAGUACUUUUGAAUAUUGUCAUGAGGAUGCAUAUUCUGCACAGAGCAAUACUUUCAGACAAGCAUCAACAAUCCGAGUGUGGUGUGCAUCCAUUUUUCAAAACUGACUUAUUUUCCAACUCACAAGUCCACUCAUGAAUUAAAUAUGGGGUAUUUUGUUCAAUGUUUCUCCUACAAUAUCACUGGGGUACCAAGGCACUUAGAAUUUUAUUUCUAUGUUGUUAUGCAGUUCGCUUUUUCAAACCAGUGCUUGUUUAAUUAGAGACUUUUUAAUGAAUGAAUAAUGAAUGGAUGAGUCUUUUUAAAAAACAAAGGAUUUAUAUAUCACAGCAGGAACAGCACAGGCAUGAAUAGUUAGGAUUGCAAUAGCAGAGUUAGCUUCUCGGCGUUGUGUGUGCUGGCUAUAUUUACGCCAUUCCUCCCAUGAUGAGUCAAUGUGUCUGCUUAGAAACAGGCCUAUAAAUUUUUCAGCGUGUUGUGUGUAAGGAGAUAUUUUCACUGUUCCUAAGUGAAUUCUUUGCCCUUAAAUUCAGACCAGUAUUUUUAGUGUGUUUUUCACUCAAACUGUUUUGUAUUAAAAUAUCUCAGACUCUGUCGAUGCGCCGUCGAAAAUAUUAAGAAGUAAUAACCCAAGGAAAGAUUUGCUGCAGCAGUGGACUCCACAGAGAGCACUUUUUUAAAGAGUUUCGCAUUCAAUAUGCAGGCAAAUCCAUUUAUGUACCGAACUAAAGUAUUUUGAACAUUUCAAAUGAUUUUAACACAUUUUAAAAAAUCAUAUCAGUCCAUUAAGUGGAGGAACUCAAGGGUUAUGGAGCUUCAAAGAACUUCAGUGGAGCUCAAAAAUGUAGAUCAGUUUGAUAAAGCCAUGGCUUAUUUCCCAAAAGUCUCUGCUAGCUCUGUUUUCAUUCGACAGGGGUGUGAAUGAAGAAACAGAUACAGCCAAUCUUAAAGGCAUUCAUAAUACUUUACAGUGAUGUGAAAACUGUCUGACCUGGCCGAGAGCAACAGCUCAUUUCUUAUCCCCGUCAGUAAUGCCUUUUAAAGUUUGUUUUCGUCCAUUCAUAUAUUUUUGCAGGGUGAGCUUCAGGCCUAAAUAUUCACAUCUCCUCGGCUGCAGAGGUUGGACUUCUACACACUGACCAUACCAUUCAAAGCCUUUCACUCCAGAGCUUUCUUCACUUAAAUUCCCUGCUCUGACAAGCUAAACCAUGCCCCAAGAUAUUUGAAGUCACUGACCUCUUUCAGUACGGUACCCUCUGUUGUCCCUCGAGGUGGAUGGUCCGGGUGGAUGUUGUAGGUGAUAACCUUGAUUCAGUCUGUUACACAAUAAAAAAGAAAAAAGGUGUUAAUCCCUCGCUUUCAGCAGUGUCAGCUGGUUUGCAAUUGCUGUUGUGAUUUUGCUGUCUGCAGCAAAAUGGGAUAUUCUUAACAAGCUACUUCAUGUGGUAUUUUAACUUGAGAUAUAACUCAUUGUCGCAUGAUUUACACCAUUAGUCAUCUUCAGAUUUGUAAAUACAACCCUACAUCAUUUUAGCUUCCCACUGUGACAUGCCAGAAAAAUCUCCAUUGUGUGACAGUGGGUGGUAAAGACAAGUGUAAAGCCUACAUAAGUCUGACCAAGCAGUCCUGUGAAAAGGAGCAGAGAUGGUUGUCAAAUAGGGAAACGUCAACAGUGUUGUGUUUUUAUUGAUUGUUUGUGUGAUGUCAAACACAAAGUCCAGUCUCUACCCAUCAGGGGUCCGCCUCUGUGCUUGUUUUCUCCGAUACAGUUAAUUCAAGCAGGCCCUGAAGUUUUUUUUUUCCCCCACACGGACACUAGUAUUGACUCAAGUUUGAGACUCGGCUCAUUUUAUCCCUAAGAGCAGAAAACCAACUUGUUCUCUCUGAUUUCAUCUCAUCAGCUGGGUUGCUCUUGUGGUUAGGUUUAUAUUUGGUUCCCCCACCGUCCUAAGACAUUGAUUCGGAUUUUGCUUGUUUGUUCCAAAGCCGUUUCACGAAGCACUUACUGGUGGAGACAUCCCACAGGAGGCAAUUACAGCCCAUUCUAUUUCACAAUUACUGUGAUCAUCCGAGUAGAUGGCACAGCUCUCCGAACAGCUGGGGCGAAUAAAUCAAAGCUGUGAGAGCAGAGCGAGUGGAAUACGGUGAAAGGAACUUCACUGUAUCGUCUGCUUUGGGUUAGAGUUUUACUGUGUGGAGCGCUGAACAGGUGUAGGCAGUACUCAAAGCCAAGAAAGUGUGUAAUAAGGAAGUCUGGAGAUUUAUCUGGGGCUGGUUAUUACUAAGCAAUGAAAGAAACAGUUGUUCACCAUUCAAUCAGAUUCAAUUUAAUCAUCUUCUACGACAGAUCAUAGAGUACAUUUCAAAUAAAGCACCAUAUGUGGACUCCUGGACCAUAUUGAUCAAAAAUACCCCUGGUUAUCGAUUUGUUUUUAACGCCAAACAACCUCUAGGUUAUUCCUAAUCCAUGUGGACCACAACAUGACUUUUAGCGGCGAACUCUGCAGGUAGCAGCACAACAAAGUUGGGCAUAAUCUACCAUGAUAAAAACGUGCAGAAAUCGAGACUGUAGGCUAUAAUCAUGUUACUUAUUCACCAAUGGUAGAAGCAAAUACUUUAGAAAGUUCACACUCAGUAUCACCAUAUUGAUCAGUCUAGUUCCAAGUCCUCUCAUGUGGAUGAGCUUGUUGAAGUGAGUGAUCUGUUACCAUGGUGUUAGGCUGAGGAGGUGAACUUGGUCUGUUGUUUAACUUGAUAACUGACAAGCAUGUGUUUACCAUCAGUAAUGCUUCGGGGAUGACCUUUGCUACCCACAUAAGUGCUCAGAUGCACAGCAUACUCCUUCUCCAGGUCCCCGUUUCCUCCCGUUCCAUUAGUGCUUCACCACAUGCUGCUCUUUCCCUGUGUCAGGAAUACACAUGGGAAAUCUGAGCUAGAAUAAAUGGAUACAGGACCGAGCCCCUCGAAAAAUGUUGAUGUACCCCUGACAUGUAAUUGUAACCCAUACUGUAUCCACAUGUAUUUACACAAACACACCCCCUAAGCCCGAAAUAGUAAAGGAGCGCCAUCAGAUAUUCAGACUCAGACCUGCCUCCUGAAUAUUUUUGUGCAUAUUCCCAUAAUUCACUCCGUUUUAUCCGGUACACUUCCCAAUUUAUGCAAAUAGCUCACUCUUGUGAACAAUGAGCUUCUUAUAAAUAAACCAUAAAAAUAAAAAAUGCAGACAGAGUUGAGAGCUUUGGUUAUCUCUGAGCGUUAGAUCAGCUGGCUGAGGCUUUGAAUGCAAAACAGAGUUUUUAGUCUUGUAGUGUCUGGAGAUCUAAAUGUAAUUUGGCUCCAAAGACUAAGAAAUUAAAUCUGGAGCAUGUUGAUGAGAGAGGUGAGCUGAGUUUCUUCAGUGCAACAGGUAGAUCUAAAAAUAACCUUCAGAGCAAUACAUUUUUAAUUACAAAACAUACAGUACAACAAAAAAAAGGGCCUGGUGAGGUCAACAAGGAGUUAUAAUGAUAAAUGUUAUCUUUAAACAGGAAGUAACCUCUGAAAUUGUGCCGACAUUAAAACACAAUAAAGAUAACAGUCUGCCACAUAUCACCAUAAAAGAUAAUGGACUUCCUGAAUGAGUAUUAUUCGCGAGUUAACAGGUUCUCAAACAAAGACAGGUGUCAACAAAGUGUGGCACUUUGUUGAGUAUGGAUUUGCAUCGCCACAAACCAGUCAGGGAUCCCACAUGCUGACCUCCGUCCACGUUAGAGAGUGCUGCAAUGGGAACUUGAGCAUCAGAACAAGGUGUUAUCAUAGACUGUAUAUAGAAUGGCCAGCGUCUGUCUCCUCGCUGGGUGAAGCCACUCCGAGAACAGCACCCUCUGGUGACAGGCUGCAGUAUAGGUCAUAAAUCCCACCUCCACCAGUAAAGCUUAUGGGGCUGUGGACAAACUUAAGAAAUUCAUUACACAGAAUAUAAAUUUACUUGUGAUGUUGACAUGUAGUUAUUGUGAGACUGGUUUGUGCUCAAGUCCUUUUUUUCUGUGCAGCUCUGUUUUAAAAAGUUAUUAGGGGGUUCAUGUUUUCCAUGAUUGACAGUUGUUAAAGCCUAUGGGCGUACGAAGAUUGCGUAGCUCACCCGGGGAUACGCUGUUUGAGCCGAGCAUCAUCACAACAACUCUCCGCUGAAUGCUUACAACGCUACUGCGCAAUGUUGGUUUCAGGAAAUGGAGAAAAAAACGCGGAAUUACAGAGAGAUUUUUGGCUUCAAAUCCAUAUACAGGACGAAGGUUGAACCAAGUUGGGCACAGUAUAUACAGUCUGUGGGUGACUAGACACCGAGACAAGAUCUCAGCCAAAUCUGCGAUUGAUAUUUGUGCCCCUGAUCCAUUGAGACCCCACUUUCCAGUUCCAGUUUCCUUUCACCCUCAUAUGAUGGUUGCAUCACUUUUAGAAAUGAAACUUGUCUCUGUAGGUGAAAAGGUUAAACUGUAUGAAAGUGCAUCAGGAGGAAUCAGCAGAUACGGGGUCUGAGUGGGAGGCAGGGCGGCCCAGGUUUCUGGACUUCAUGAAUGCCUGUCCACCUUUAUCACGCUCAAGUGAGCAGCAUGCGCUCCACAGGAUGUGUCAUGUCAUUAUUCACCACCAGGGGCCAAUGAACAGAAAGCAGCAACAUAGUGCUCUAUAAACAGCAUUAUCAUGGUGAGUGGGAAGAUCUGAAGUAUAUGUGUCUGUGUGUGAGAGAGAGAGGGAGAGAGAGUGAAGGUGAGCAAAUGAGCAAGAGACAAUUUCAUUGUAUGCGAGCAUAUAACAUCCCUUAAAGGUAUUUUUAGCUUUGUUUUUCCACAUCUCUACUCUUUUUUUCAGCUCGAUUCACGCUGCACAUGCAUUUCCUUAUCAUGUACCCCAUCACUGAGUCAGACACAUGUUAAAAUCUCACACACAAACACACAUUUAAGAGCACUCAUUCUUCUGCUCAAGUGGCAAACCUUCACAGGCCUCCGAUUGUCCUGAGCAAUGAGUCAUAUUCACUUGCCACAUCUGAAAUAUUUAUUCCAUGUUAAUCAAGCACUGCUUCCUAAAUAGACACACAUGCAAACACACACACACGCAGUGUUGUGUGAGACUGAGCGGGACUCAGCAUGCGUUUGUUAGAAACCUUGUAUGUGCUUACCAGUGAUGCUGUGAUCUUGUUUAUUAUCAUCUCAAACACUCAGACUUGCCAGUGCAUGACAGGUAGAAACAAACACAGCACGCUAUGAUCAUCAGGAAAGGCUAAAUUUUUACACCAGAACAUUAAUAUAAUGGGUUUGUUUAUAUCAAGCUGAUAUGGUCAUUUCUCUAGGAGUAAACAAACACCUUUUUAAAAAUGCAAAGUCAGUGAAGGCAUCACCACUAUGCCGGCAGCCCUGUGAGGCUGUACUUCCACUCAGCAGUGUGGGUUGUUUAUUUUUAUAAUGACGGACAUUAACUCUCAGGCUCUUCCAUUGUGCAAUUGUAUUUCAGACAGGAGUAGGAAACACAGAACUUUUGGUAACACUUUACAAUAACCAUGAUUUAUAAAUAGUAGAAAGAUUAUUUAUGUUAAACCAUCAUUAAAAAACAGCAUAUAGGCCAAUUAUAAAUGGUAAAUAGUUCAUUAAUGCACGUUAAUAGUUACUUUACCAUUAACAAGCAAUGACAUUAUGAUUAAUAACUUUCAUUAAUUAUUAAUGGACUAUUAAAGGUUUAUAAAAGGUUUAAAUAUUGGUUGUAAAGCAUCUAGAUUAAAAUGUGUCAGUGGAAUUUUGUAAAGGAUCAAUAAGUGGUUUAUAAACCACCUAUAAACAUUACUUAGAUGGUUAUUGUAAAGUUUACAGUUUAUUAAUGUCUGUAUGCUAUUGAUAAAUGAUGAUUAAACAUUAAUAAACUAUCUGCUUACCAUUUAUAAAUGGUCUAUUUACCAUUUAUAAGUUGUGGUUAUUUUAAAGUGUUACCGAACUUUCAUUCCCUGUCAAUAUUUGCAACCCCCAGAAAAUGCAAAAGUCAUGUUUUCAACAUAAAAAUCAGCCUGCUUUCAUUUUAGAGUCAAAAAUAUUGCUCAUUAAAGCUCAUGUGAGAAGUUUUUUUUUUAUAUAUAUAUAUAUACAAUUAUGGGACAGGCUGAAUUCAUGCUGAUGCCUUUUUAUGGUGUACAAAAGCAAAGAAGAGCAUCAGUGACAUGAUGGACCAUUCACAUAUUUAUAUACUUUCAUUUAUACUGUCUUUUUUUAAUGUCUGGAACUGCUGUUUGGGAGUAGGAGGGGAUUAGUCAGAGGCCGCAUAAGAUAAAGAAGAUCUUAUGUCCAAGGUUUUGUUUGCUUUGUCACAAAAAUGGCGCCUGUACAAAUUUGAUUCUGUUUUAUAACCGGUCAAAAACACCUUACUGGAGCAUUGGAGAGCUGACUCUAAAGGAAUGUCUCUUCAGUCAUAGGAAAUGGAUGAAAUUUACACCACAGGUCAGAUUUCAGCAUAUAGCCCAUGUACUACAGUCCCUAUUACAGUGGUUGCUGGUCCAGGGUCCCAGCCUCAACCCCUAUGUAGCAUGUUAUCCCUCACUGAACCCCCACAUUUCUUGUCUCUCUUAGAUUGUCCUAUCUGAAAGAGGGGGAAAAAAAACUAUAUUUAAUACGGCCAAUUUCAGGGGACAUUACCUCACAGCUCCUAUCAGCAGAUCUAGUCUUCACUGUUGAUUUAAACAGAAAAGCCAAAAUAAAAUGUGAUUUAAAAAAAUACUUCUGUUCUCUCUUUGUCUUAAGUUAAAUCCAAAGGGCAAGUGAACUUGUUUAAAGCUCUUGGAAACUUUUUGCCUCUUGCCUGACAAGUGUCUUUAGCUCUAAACUAAUUGGUGGAGGGUGAUGGAAAUUUAAGCCUCUGUGGGUCAUCAGUAUGCCGCUGUGUGUUACGGUUAAAUGAAAGGUGGUGAAUCAGUAUCACAGAGAGAAGUUAACAUCCUCUCACUCUUUCCAAAAGCAUCAUGAAUACUGAAUAAAUCAAAAGUGCCCAAUUUGAAAUUAACUAUAACCUUUCCUUCUUUCAGAUCCCUGUCAUGACAGGAGCUUUCAUGGACUCAUCACCCAAUGACGACUACAGCGGCGAACACUCGCUCUUUAACUCCUCAGCUAGUGUCCACGCUGCCGCCUCGGCUGCAUCGGUACACGGACAGCCAGACGAGUCGCAGUCCAUGUCCAGCGAUGCCAUCUGGCUCUGGAUUGCCAUAAUUGCCACCAUUGGAAACAUUGUUGUUGUUGGCGUUGUCUACGCCUGCACUUUCUGA